CAAGGAACGGGGAGCAAAAGGCUAGAAGGAUGAUUUGGCAGUUAAGACCCCGGACUAGAACACAAAGAGAUAACUCUUGGUCUUCCUUAAGCUUCCUAUGUAAAUUUGGGCAUCCAGAAGGUGUCAAAGUAAACCUGCCAUAUAUCUCCCAGGAGAGGCUGUGUUUUCAGAACCAGCCCCAGCGAAAAUACUGUAUUAAACAGAAUAACCAGGACAAACAUUAACAUGGCUAGCAUGGCUGUUCAGUUACUGGGCUUCCUUCUGAGUCUUCUUGGUUUAGCUGGAACAAUAACCGCUACUGUCCUGCCUCACUGGUGGAAAACCGCACAUGUGGGAACCAACAUCAUCACCGCUGUAGCGUACAUGAAGGGUCUCUGGAUGGAAUGUGUUUGGCACAGCACUGGGAUUUACCAGUGUCAGCUCCACCGCUCUCCACUUGCUUUGCCUCGUGAUCUUCAAGCAGCCCGUGCCAUGAUGGUGAUUUCCUGUGUUCUUUCAGCCCUGGCAUGUGUGGCUGCUGUUAUUGGCAUGAAAUGCACCCGAUGUGCCAAAGGGUCCUCUGCCAAAACUGUAAUUGCCGUCUUAGGUGGAAUCCUUUUCAUACUGGCUGGGCUCAUAUGCCUAAUCCCUGUUUCUUGGUCAACCAAUGAUGUGGUUACAGAUUUCUACAACCCAAUGCUGCCCAACGGGAUGAAGUAUGAGAUUGGGCAAGCCCUUUACCUUGGCUUUGUAUCUGCUUCCCUAAGUAUAAUUGGUGGAGCUCUCCUGUGUGCUUCAUGCCAGCGUACUGGGAACAACAUAACCUACCACCCACAGCCAAGGAGUACGAGGGCAGCUCCAUCCUGCAGACCACCAACGGCCUACAAAGCAAACCAUACUUCAUCAUUAACGUCUGCUUCACACAGUGGUUACAGGUUAAAUGACUAUGUGUGAGUUCUCUAGGAUUCACUUGUAUGUUGCUGCUGUUUUUUAAAAUAUAAUGUUAUUUGUAAAAACCAUUGUAUAACAGAACAAAGGCAAUUAAGAAAAGCUUUAUUA